GGACGCUUCCUAAAGAAACCAACCUAAACUCUACAUAAAUGAUAGUACAUGUUUGAGUUUUUAAAAUCUUCAUUUUGAGUUGAGUACAAGUAGAGAUAUAAAUCAUCCGAUACUAGAUAGAGAGAACACUGAAUAGAUAAACACCAUGAGUGGUUUACUGGAGAUCGUGCUUGUGGAUGCACAAGGCUUGCCUAAUUCUGAUUUGAUUGGGAAAAUGGAUCCGUAUGUUACGAUUCAAUACAAGAACCAAAACCUGAGGAGCUCUGUUGCCAAAGAGCCAGAUGGACAAUACAAUGUGGCGUUCAAAAUUUUCGAUAGAGACACAUUUUCCAGAGACGACUUAAUUGGAGAAACUUCGAUAUCCAUGAAGGAUUUGGUGGAAUUGGGUGCCAAAAAGGGAAAAACAAAUGUAGAACCCCGCAAAUACAGUGUUUUUGAAAGUAAGAAGAAUAAACCAGUUCAAGGCAGAGCGGGAGACAUUCAUGUAGGGCUAACCUUCACCCCAAAGAUAUGUUAGAUCGUGGACUGGACAUGUUAAAGAUUAAUGAACAAAUUGAUCGAUAGUACUUCUUUACGAACUAACAAGUGUUUGUUUUUACCGCGAGCAUGACACGAAAGCAUAGAAGAACAGGGCAAGAUCGUUUUCGUAAUACCGGAAAAUGGGUUAUUUGUCCAAAAUUCAUAAAAAUAAAGUAUGGGAGUAAUGACUUGUAAAAUACUAGGUCUAGGUGAAAAAGACACAAGAAAAUUUAGUGAUAUAUACCUUUUACUUUAAAUUUUAUUGUUUAUCUUAUCUAAAUUUAAAAUUAAUCACGAAAAAGGUCUUACCUUCCGAAAUAUAAGUCGGAUUUUUUACUAAAAUUCAUAUUUUUGAAAAGGGCUCGAAAAUCUCUAUAAAAUAAGAUCCCUUGUUGAUAUGAAAUUAGAAAAAAACAAAAAAUUAUUUUCAGCCAUGCCGAGGAUACAUUAUGCACCCAGGUGCAACCUGGCCAAAAUUUAUUUCUUAUAAAAAUAUGCAUUAUGCACCCCAGGUGCAACUUGGCCAAAAAGAUGCAUUAUGCACCCAAGUACAACCUGGCCAAAAUGUAUUUCCUACAAGAAUGUGCAUUAUGCACCUAUGUGCAACCAGACCUAUUUCAUAUUAUAAGACAAAAAACACACACUAUGCACCUGGGUGCAACCAGACCAAAACGUAUUUCUCGUCCGAAUAUACAUUAUGCACUCAAGUGCAUUUUGUAUACUUCGCGCAUAAAUCUAGGUUUAUCCUAAUAAUCAACAACAAAACUAUUAUACAUAACAAAAAAAUACUAGUAUGUGAUCUCAACCAAUAAAUCCACCACCAUUACCAUCACAUUCAUCCUCAAAAUAUCAACCAAAAAGAAGUAUAAAGAAGAAAAAUAAAAAAAACAAUAAUAAAUUCAAAAUAAUAUAUAUUAUGCACUCCGGUGCAACUUGGGUGCAACCUCGACAAAUUAUACUUACUAUAAGAAUAUGCAUCAUGACUCAGGUGCAUCCUGGGAAAAUCUUAUCUUCUAUAAGAUUAUGCAUAAUGGAACAAUGCAAGAAUUAUAUAUUAAUUAAGUCACUAAUCAAAAUUUCAAAAAUGCUUACCAUUACAGCUUGUAGUCAUGGUUUUGAAUUUCUUUCCACCUAAUGAAAAGUGACUGGCACAUCUACAUUAGUCAGUGUACUCCAUCCACG